AUGAUCAGAGUUUAUUCCAAAACAAGAGAUUUUGAACUUUCAAUUGCUUUAUACAAAGAGAUGCUGCUGAAGGGGGCUAAACCCAAUUGGAUUACUUUCUCUUUUGUUUCCAAGGCGGCUGCUGAUCUGGGUACCUUAGAGGUUUUAUUGGGUCUUCAUUGUCAGGUUCUCAUUCUCGGGUUUUGUUCUGAUGUUUUUGUGUUGAAUUCAUUGAUUCUUGGCUACUCUGGCUGCGGGCCUGUUGAUUAUGCAAGAAAGGUAUUUGAUGAACUACCCGAGAGAGAUUUGAUCUCGUGGACGGUGGUGCUCAAUGGUUAUGUUCGGAGUGGUCGUGCUAAAGAGGCUGUGGAGCUUUUCUUUCUCAUGAGAGAGGAGCAAGUAAUGUUUGACGAAGUCGUUGUUGUUGCAGUAUUCACCGCAUGUGCUCAAUUGAGAGAUUUACAUCUGUCUAGGAGAUUAGAAUCUUUGGUUCGAGAAUGUAAGGUUGGGUUCAACUCUUACAUGAGCAAUGCUUUGAUUGAUAUGUACUCGAAGUGCGGGAGCAUUAUUGAUGCCCGUAAACAUUUCGACGAAAUGGUAGACAAGGAUGUGGUAUCUUGGAAUUCCAUGGUCUCUGCGUAUGGGAGGGCCGGCAACGCAGACGAAGCCAGGAAACUCUUCGACCAGAUUCCAGUGAAGAAUGAGAUCUCUUGGAGUGCAUUGCUUAAUGGGUACGUGCAGAAUGGUGCUUUCAAGGAAGCGCUGCUGCUAUUCAGCGAGAUGAAGGCUAAAGGGAUCAUCGCGAAUGACACUGCAAUUACAGGUGCUGUUACUGCCUGUGCCCAUAUGGGUUCUCUGGAUUUAGGGCGACAGAUUCACUCGAGCUUGGACAAAGAAAAGAUCAAAUCUGAUGUUGUCCUCAGCACUUCACUUGUUGAUAUGUACGUGAAGUGUGGGUGUUUGGACACUGCGCAACAAGUGUUCAAUGAAAUCUCAAAGAAAAACCUAGUCUGUUACAAUGUUACGAUGUUAGGACUAGCAAUUCACGGGAAAGCUUCAGAGUGCCUUAAGAUCUUCUGCAAUAUGGCGAAAGGUGGGUUGGCACCAGAUAGCACAACUUUUGUCGCAAUUUUGUCUGCAUGUGCUCAUGCUGGGUGGUUGGAAGAAGGACAGAAGUGGUUCAGAUUGAUGACCACGGCCCAUGGUAUUGCUCCUCGAGCUGAACACGUUUCAUGCAUGGUCCAUCUGAUGGGAGGACUUGGAUUUUUAGACGAGGCCCAUGGUUUCAUUAAGACUUCCUCUGUGAAGCCAGAUGUGGUUAUUUGGGGUGCUCUGCUUAGUGCCUGUAAAGUCCAUGGUAAUCUCAAGCUUGGCAAAUUGGCCACACAACGGAUUCUAGAGUUGGAUCCAUCUCAUGGGGGUGCUUAUAUUCUAUUUUCUGGAAUGUUAGCUGCGGGUAACAAAUGGGAUGAAGUUAUGGAAGUCCGAAAGAAGAUGAAGGAGAUCGGAGUUGAAAAUCGUCGUGGAUGGAGUUGCAUUGACCUUCAAGGAAAUGUGCAUGAGUUCCAUGUCGGAAAGAGUUUUCACCCAGAAAUUAAAGAGAUUUUACCCGUGUUGGGUUCACUGAACAUCCAAACAGCAUUGUCAGGCUAA